UGUAGCUUUGUCUUCCACCGCCGCCCCCUCCCCUGCUGCAAGCCCGUGAACACAUCUGACUCUCUCUUCUCUUGCUCUUUGACUUAUAGCUAGAUGGAUGGGCCGCAGGGCGGCGAUUCGAUGGCGCCGGCGCUCGGCUGCAACAUCAAUCCGGCGGCCGGCCAUAGGCUUCUGAAUCCCCUUUUCGUGUGGAUUUUGUGCCGGACCACAGAUUCAACAUCGCCACCGGCAAUCCAAUCUUAUCUGGUGUGUGUACUACUCCAUCUUGUACUGGAAGAAUCAGGAGCACACCAGCGCCCGAGCAGUAAUGGUGGGAAGCCGUGCGUCUGCUCGUUCAUAUCUCCCAAGAACUUAUCCUCCUCUACCGACGGCGGCUGGGCGGAUUCCGAUAUGGGACUCACGCCGGAGUCGCGAGUAGCUGCUUUAGCUGAAUUCCCCUCCCCCGCCGCCCAGCAUGCUAGAUACAAGGGGGGACGCAGAUGA